CACAAGGUGGCGUGGGCAUGAAGCGCCGGCUGCCUCCUUCGCUGAAGCUUCUGAUGUCAUCGGUGAUGCCGCCCCGCUCCGCCUGUCCGCCACCCUUGACCCUUCGUUCCCCGGAGCAUCCAUUCCCCCCUCAUAGAUGCGUUUCACUUUCACCGCUGGACUGUAGCUCUCGUCUGUUAUUGGUGGAGUGGAGCUGAGCGCGCGUGUCGCCAAGAGCGGAUCGGGGCCGCGAUUUGAGCUCCGGGGAAUUCCGGGCUCCCGAUGGGUGCCUGAGGAUCGGAUGAGUCCCUCUGUCCCGAGGUUGGCGAUCGGUUGACUGCGCGCCUCUCAAUUUGUCGGCGAGGGCGGGGGGAAUUUUAUUUCGCCGCUUGUGAAAGCGGCGACAAAGGAGGCGCGCGCACGCCAUGUGCUCGCGGAAUUGCGGCGGCCGGCGCUGAGGGAAGCCGCCCUCGCGCGGUGACCCGAGGCGGCGGGCUUCAAUUCCGCGGUUCCGCCGCGUGCUCGGAGCGGAGCGGGGCGGGGCGGCAUGGACGCCGUGCAGGUCCUCGCCUCGGCGACGCAGCUGGUGUCGGCGAUGGUGACCGCGGUCGGGGCGCUGGAGCAGGCGGCCGCGGACCUCGCCGAGGCGCCGAGGCGGCUCCAGGUGCUGGAGGACUUCGUGUCCGACCUCGACGCGCUGGCGCGGCAGGCGCGGCAGCGGCACGCGCACAAGGUGCCCAGCCCGCAGCUGGAGCGCCAGUUCCAGAGCCUCGGCCGGCUCAUGGACCAGCUCCGCGCCAACAUCGCCAAGGCAAGGCAGGUCCUGAGCAAGAAGGGCAGGGGGAAGGGGUUCGCCAGGGUGGUGCGGAGCUCCGUGGUCGGCGACCCGCUCAUGAGGUACGUCAAGCUGAUCAGGGACGACCUCAACUGGUGGCUGGAGCUGCAGGAGCUGACGCAGAGCGUCGGCGAUGUCAUAGCGUCGACCGCCAAGAGCACGCCGUCGUUGGUGCGGGUCAAGUCGGAGCGUGGCUACCCGGUGUCGAAGAAGUGCAGCUAUGUUAGGGAGGUAUUGGAAAGGGAUGGUGGUCAUCGGGUUGUCCUCAUCGUCGGGUUAUCCGGCAUUGGGAAGUCUUGUCUCGCUCGGCAGAUAGCUUCUGAUCCACCUAGUAACUUUGUAGAUGGGGCAAUUGAGGUCAGUUUCGGGCGGUGGUGCAGCAGAACAGCAUGUAAUGGGAGCAGAAGCGAAUACCAUAAGCGUCUGGUUAGGAAGAUUUGCAAGUUCCUUGUGCAGAUUGGUUCCAUGACUGUCAACGAGGAGGUGGGAAAGGAUCUUGAUGAUGUCUGUUACUUGCUCCAGACAGCAUUGGUCGGAAGGAGCAUGUUGAUCCUACUUGACGAUGUUUGGGAGCAAGACAUUGUUGAUCGCUUCACAAAACUAUAUGAUAAUGAUUGUCGGUAUCUUGUAACAACAAGGGAUGAAGCAAUAUACGAGAUUGCAGAAGCUGAAAGGGUAGAAAUAUCCAAAGAUGAUAUCAAGGAGAUCAGCAAGGAAAUUCUUCUCUAUCACAGUCUUCUUAGCGUUGGAGAGCUUCCGCCUGUUGCAGAAGUCUUGCUGGAUCGUUGUGGUCACCAUCCCCUUACAGUUGCUGUCAUGGGCAAGGCUCUCAGGAAGGAGACCAGAGUGGAAAAAUGGGAGAAAGCAAUAUCCAACCUCUCAACAUAUGCCACUUGUGCACCUGGGCCAGUUUCAUACGUCAAUGAGAAAGACGUGGAGAGCACGUUGACCAUAUUUGGAUCUUUUGAGUACAGCUUAGAAGCAAUGCCAGAGAAUUCAAGAAGAUUUUUUAUGGUUCUUGCAGCUAUCUCUUGGGAAGAACCUGUUCCAGAGGCUUGUCUGGAAUCCAUUUGGUCAGCACUUCUGCAGGACAGUUUGUUCUCUCUCGUGGUUUCAAAAUUAGUAGAAGGCUCACUCAUCAUCAAACUGGAGGACCAACUGUUGUACCAUAUGCAUGACAUGGUUUCACUCUACCUUGAGAACAAAACAAAUGAUGCUGUUCGUACUCUUUUAUCUGAAUCAAUUUCUGAUUGUGCCGCACUAGUCGCUCCUUGGAUUUUUGUUUUUGGCAAAGAGUGUGUGAAAGGGACAGCUGAACAGAAGAUGAGAUCAUUCUUUUCUCUGCUAGAAUUCAUGGAGAUUGAGAUUUUAUUGGGCAACACAACUCAAGCCCUCAUGGCAUGCAGAUCCAUAUCUGACUUUGAGGCAAGCAGACUUGGGUUCAGCAAAAUACUUGCCCCUCGAAUACCAGAGAUAAUUUCAGUAGGGUCUCCAGAUCUCAUUUUUGCAAUCACUAAGGCAAUUACAGUUAUAUUUUUCCAAGCAGACUACGCAAAUCUUGCCCAGUCUCUUGAAACAGCAGGUUCCAUAGAUAAAUUAAUCGAUCUUCUUGGCGCAUGUAAAGAUACUUCAACUCUAGCCAACUUGUCUUCUGUCCUUGCCAAGAUAUCUGAGCAUGUUGAUGCCACAAUUGCUGAUGAAAUUUUGUCGAGAAUUCCAAUAGACCGAAUGACAGAUCUCUUGUCUCCAGAAAAUGAACACUGGCAUGAAAUUGUGUUUACAACUCUUGCAUCUUUGACAAAAGUUGGAAAGUUGAAGGCUGUGGAGACCAUGAUUGAAUCGGGAGUUGACAAGAAACUUCUUGUUCUUCUAGGCAAUGGCUCUGAGAUCUCACAGCAUCACUCGAUUGUCAUGCUAAAAACAUUCUGUGAACUUGGUGCUCCACUUCAAGGGUGCAUGGGGCCUGGAGUGCUGAUUCAUUUGCCAUGGCACGCUCGGAUCAGUUUGGAAAGAUUUGUUUUGUUUGACCAAAGUGUACCUCCACCACCAAAGCCUCAACAAUCAUUUGAGGUGAUUCUUCAUAAGAUCCUGCAAAAAGACAACAAAGAUAUAAUUGAAGCCAUCCAAGGUUUAUUACCUCUUGCUGAGAGGGCAAACGAUUCAAGGGUGCAAGAUCUCCUCUUGGGGAGCAAUCUGUUUGAUAGGCUGGCAUUGCUGCUACAGCGCAGGGAAGUUGAAAGCAACCAAGUCAGGACUCAGACUGCCUUUCUGGUGAUGAAAUUGGCCUGCAAUGGAGGAGAGGCAUACGUCCACAGGUUCCUGGAGCUUAAGAUCGUUCACGGUCUCAUCGACAUGAUGCAGUGCAACAUCGAUGAGCUCCAGGAUUCCGCAUACUAUGCUCUCCAUCAGAUCGUCUUUGCAAAGGGUGGAUCCCUCGUCCUGCAAAGGUUUCUGCAACUGGGAACCAUAGAAAAACUUGUGAGCCUGCUCGACCGCAAGUCCUUGAAGACGAAGGAAAUAGCCAUGCAGCUGCUGGUCGACAUCGCGGUGGUCGGAACCAAACCCUGCAUCGAGAGGAUGCUCGCCUCCCAGGUCGUCGAGAAGCUCGUGGCCCUUGAGAAAGCCGGCGAGCCCUUCGGUGGCGCGGUGUCGAGGUACAUCCAGGGGUUGAACAUGUGCAAGAACGUCCAGUCUGCUGAGAGAGCGGUGAUGAAGCAACAUAUUCUGAGGAAGGUGAGAUCGGCUGUGAGAGGGCAUCAGCUGGAGGCGAGCCUUGUGGCCUCCGUGGAGGCCUCCAUCGCUGAAGGCUCGAAAGGAGCCAGCAGUAGCAGGAAAAAGAAGUAGAAGCAUUUUGCCGGUCAUCCGGUCAUUUCUGCAACCACAGCAUACGGAAUUUCUCUUAAUGCCAAUAGCAUAUUCAGAUUAUGGCUCAUCAAUGUAAAUACUUGUUUCGGUAUUGCUGAUGCUCUACAUAAACUGGUAAUUCUUAAUUACCCUUUCGGCA